AUGACGAGCUUCGACAAUCCGGGAUUGUUCUAUCAGGAACGAUUUUUCGCGACGGGUGAGGAGGCGCAAGAUGACGGACGCGAACUAAUUGCCGAGCAUAAGGAAACCGUCGAACUAUUCCGGAAUUUCAUCCGAGAAUACAAUGUUGGUGGAUUUGGUCUGGUUUACAGGGAUCAGUUGAAAAGGAAUUGCAGUCUUGGAAAACAUCAUGUGGAAAUAUCAAUGGAUGACUUAAAGGGUUUUAGCGAACCGUUAGCCAAUAAACUACAUCAGUGUCCUGCACGAUUCCUGACCGCUCUUGAAGAAGCGGCAAAACUUGUUGCUGAUGAGGUAAUGCAAGGUGUAGAAGAUAUGGCUGAAAUUCAUGAUAUACAGGUGACACUUCGUGCCGGCGAGCUUGCACAAAGUAUUCGACAAUUGAAAAGUGCUCAAGUAUCUCGUUUGGUUAAAAUAUCCGGAAUUAUAGUCGCUGCAUCACAAGUGAGGACAAAAGCCACUCGCAUUUCGAUUCAGUGCCGAACAUGUCGACAUACUGUGACCAAUCUUGAUUUGAAGCCUGGACUCGAUGGUUUUACAUUACCACGUAAUUGUGGAGCCAAUCAGACCACUCAACUGCAACGAUGCCCUAUUGAUCCGUAUCAUAUCAUGCCCGACAAAUGCCACUGCAUCGACUUUCAAACGUUGAAACUUCAGGAAAAUCCGGAAGACGUGCCUCAUGGAGAAAUGCCUCGUCAUAUGCAACUUUACUGUGAUCGCCAUUUAACAGACCGUGUUGCACCAGGAAACCGUGUUAUGAUUGUUGGCAUAUAUUCUAUCAAGCGAAUGUUCCAGAAACAGAAAACAACAGAUAAAACGCUCUCAGGCAUCCGUGCACCGUACAUUCGUGUACUUGGAAUUCAUGUUCAAACAAGCGGUCCAGGACGUGCUGAACAGCGACAGUUCACAGUUGAAGAAGAGAAAAUGUUCAAGGAUCUGUCCAAGAAAGCAAAUAUAUAUGAUCUAGUCUCCCAAAGCAUUGCUCCAUCGAUUUAUGGUAUAGAAGAUAUCAAGAAAUCAAUUGCCUGCUUGCUGUUCGGUGGCUCGCGCAAAAGAUUGCCUGAUGGAUUAACUCGACGUGGUGACAUCAAUAUUUUAUUGCUAGGAGAUCCUGGUACUGCGAAAAGUCAACUACUAAAAUUCGUAGAAAAGGUUGCACCGAUUGCUGUCUACACGUCAGGAAAAGGUAGCAGUGCUGCUGGAUUGACUGCUUCUGUGAAUCGCGACCCUCAGUCGCGAUCAUUUAUAAUGGAAGGUGGCGCCAUGGUACUUGCUGAUGGCGGUAUCGUUUGUAUCGAUGAAUUCGACAAAAUGAGAGAAGAUGAUCGAGUGGCUAUCCAUGAAGCGAUGGAACAGCAGACAAUCAGUAUUGCGAAAGCAGGCAUCACUACAACACUUAAUUCGCGUUGUUCCGUAUUGGCAGCAGCAAAUUCAGUAUAUGGUAGGUGGGAUGACUCAAAAGGUGAUGAGAAUAUCGACUUCAUGCCAACGAUACUGUCACGAUUUGAUAUGAUUUACAUCGUCAAGGACAUUCACGACGUCACACAUGAUAUGACAUUAGCCAAACAUGUUAUUUCGGUGCACGUGAAUGCUUCCAAUAAUCGUCUGCAAGAAACAGUUGAAGGGGAAUUGUCGUUAGAGCUGUUGAAAAAGUAUAUUGCAUAUUGCCGCAUUAUAUGUGCACCACGACUCUCAGCUACUGCAAGUCAGAAGCUUAUCCAUAAUUAUGUCCGACUUCGCAACCCUGUAAUAGAUGCCGAGCAUAAACAGACAACAGCUCGGUCUGCUAUCCCAAUAACUGUGCGACAGUUAGAAGCUAUAAUACGAAUAAGCGAAUCAUUGGCAAAAAUGGAGCUGUUACCUUUCGCUACAGAACGUCAUGUGGAUGAGGCACUUCGUCUCUUUCGAGUUUCCACCAUCGAGGCAGCUGCGUCUGGGAACUUGAUUGGCAUCGAAGGUUUUACGAGCGCUGAGGAUCAAGAAUCGUUUGGUCGCAUUGAACGUCAGCUGAAGAAACGAUUUGCAUUGGGAACUCACGUCUCUGAAUAUCUUAUUGUCCAAGACUUUGCACGACAAAAUUAUCCAGAAAUGCUUGUCAAAAAAGUGAUUCAGUCGUGCAUUCGGCGUGGUGAACUUCAAUAUCGUAUGCAGAGAAAAAUGCUGUACCGUGUUAAAUGA